GGGAAUGGCUAUUUCCUUCUUUCUUUUGUUCAGUUCAUCUCAUAGCCCUUCCUUCCCAGUGGAGAGCCUCCCACAGUCCAGAAAGCCCCUAUAAACCCAACACCCCAAAGUUCACUGACCAAACUUCACCUUUUCCAUUUCCUGGUUAAUCAUUCUCCCUUUCACGCUCCACAGACAGCAGCUUUGCAGGGGUCAGAUUCAAACUGAACCAUUUGAACUAUUUGCUGACCCGAGACAGCGGUGCUUGGAGGAGGGACCGGUCUGGAGAGGCAGGAAAGGUCUCCUGUUCCUGCCUUGCUUUUCUUUCUCACUCCAUCCCUGGGGACUCAAAAGCCACAUCAUGAUCCAGCAUCAGCUGAGACAGCUCCUGCCAGAGAGGAAGGUGGAUACUUCUGCUGCCCUCACGCUGCUUGGCGGGUCAGUGGCAGCUGUGGUGGUCUGGAAAUGGCUGGGCAAAAAGAUGAUCCAGAAGAAAAUGGAAGAAGCACGGAAAACCCGGGAUGAGGGUCUGAAGAAAAUGGCAAAGGCUGUCCAGCAGUUCAGGGAGCAGGUCCCCAGUGUCCAGACAGAUGCCAUCAUUUCCCUGCCUCUGCUGGAACUCACUGAAAGACUCCAGGAAGGGUCUCUGUCUCCCAAGACUGUCCUCUACACCUACUUAGAGAAGGCUCUGGAAGUAAACCAGCAGACAAAUUGCUUGCGACAUUUCAUCCCAGAGUGUGAGGAGCAGCUCCAGGAAAUACAACGGCAGAAGGAGAAAGGGCUGCUCUAUGGCAUCCCUGUCAGCAUCAAGGAUCACAUCGGCCACAAGGGGCAUCUGACAACUUGUGGGCUUGUACAGCACCUGGAUACUCUGAUGAAGGAGGACAGCGUCCUGGUCAAAGUUCUGAAGAGACAAGGGGCCAUCCCAUUUGCAAUGACCAACGUGCCACAAUCCCUCUUCAGCUAUGACUGCAGCAAUCCCAUCUUCGGCCAGACCUUGAAUCCCCUCAACCACCAGAAGAGCCCCGGGGGCUCCUCGGGAGGGGAGGGAGCUCUGAUCGCAGGGGGAGGCUCCAUCCUGGGCAUCGGCUCGGACAUCGGGGGCAGCAUCCGCCUGCCCUCCAGCUUCUGUGGGCUGUGUGGGCUCAAACCCACAGCAGAGAGGCUCAGGUGGGUGCUGGGGUCUGCCCUUCCAACCCUGCUAGUUGUCAAACUCAGCCGAAGGGGAAAGGGACUCAGCAAGCACUUGGAAGAAAUAGAGAGGAUGGUUCUUAAAAGAGUGGCUUUCUUUGCUCAAAACCUCUCCCAGCAGACAGCAUGGUUAGAUUUUGUGGGAAAUUGAUAUGUUUUCAUUGUAAAUCUAGCCCGGAGAUAAAAGUAAAAGGAGGUUAAAGUGGUUGAAGAAUGCCAAGAUGGGACAUUUUUGGUUAAACCAAAACAAAGAUUUGUUGGGAUUUC